AUGGGUAGAAAUAACACUAUAGAUGAGACUUCUGAAGAACAUCAACGAAGACUUAAUCGUGAACGACAACAGCGUUAUCAUAGAAAUAUGGAUUCUGAAGGCUCCACAGGACUUGACCAAUCAGGAGAAAAGAAGAUCCCAGUUUUAGCAUUACCUCAGAAGACAACAUGA